AUGAUAGCCCCCGUGAUGAAAGAAGUCGGAAUCACAUACCACGAUCAGCUGUAUAAUGGGUCCCUAAUGAAGGAGAACAUCUACCGUCAAGACGCAUCACCAGAAGUUGACGCCGCCUGGUCAGCACUUGGAAUCGACUACCGACCUCUCGUUGUCCCAAUGGACCUCGCUGAAAAAACCGGCAUCGCGCAUGAUCAGGUCAAGAUCAAGGAGAAAUACGGUGGUGGAUUUCCGGGGAAUGUCGAGGGUCUUCACCAUCUGCACUGUUUGAAUCUCCUCCGUCAAACCCUCUACUACAACUACGAUUACUACCAUGCCAAAGGCGAAGGCGCAUUCUCAAAUAACGACUACGUUGUCCGUCGUCACACAACACACUGCCUCGAUAUCAUCCGCCAGCAACUCAUGUGCAACGUCGAUAUUGGCGUUUUGGGCCAGGUGUGGAUUUAUCCUGACAACCCGGAAGCAUUCGUCGAUUUUAACACUGUCCACAAAUGUCGUGAUUAUGAUGCCGUUCGGCGAUUUGCAGAGGCACACCAGGUGCCUGAGAAUGUGCCGCACGAUUACUUGGAACCCCCUGCUGAGGGGGAUAGGAUUUAUGAAGAGAUGCCUUGA